UCCUGGCCAUGACACUCCAACACCUCUACCUCUCCGCCGCCUCUGGCGCCCGGGCCCCGGCGACGCUGCUGCUGCCGCUACUGAUGGCGCAACUGUGGGCUGCUGAGGCGAUGUUCCCCCCAAACGACACAGCUUCUAACCUCGAGGCCUCUGGCGCCUCGUGCGCGCGCGGCUCACAGCCCUGGCACGUCUCGCUCUUCAAUGGCCUCUCGUUCCACUGCGCGGGUGUCCUGGUGGACAAGAGUUGGGUGCUCACCGCCGCGCACUGCGGGAACAUCAAGCAGCUGUGGGCUCGAGUUGGAGAUGACCACCUGCUGCUUCUCCAGGGUGAGCAGCUCCGCAGAACCACGCUCUCUGUUAUGCACCCCAAAUACCACCAGGGCUCAGGUCCCAUCCUGCCAAGGCGGACGGAUGAGCAUGACCUCAUGUUAAUGAAGCUGAGAAGGCCAGUGGUGCUCGGGUCUCGUAUCCGGACCCUGCGCCUGCCCUACCGCUGUUCCCAGCCCAGGGACGAGUGCCAGGUCGCUGGCUGGGGCACCACAGCCACCCGGAGAGUGAAGUACAACAGGGGCCUGAGCUGCUCCAGGGUCACUAUCCUGAGCCAGAGAGAGUGUGAGGUCUUCUACCCUGGCGUACUCACCGACAACAUGAUGUGUGCAGGACUGGACCAAGGCCAGGACCCUUGCCAGAGUGACUCCGGUGGCCCUCUGGUCUGUGAUGAGACCCUGCAGGGCAUCCUUUCCUGGGGUGUCUACCCCUGCGGCUCUGCUCAGCACCCAGCUGUCUACACACAGAUCUGCAAAUACACUUCCUGGAUCGAGAAAACCAUUCGCUCCAACUGA